UGGGCAUUUCCUUUCGGGUCAGGUUUCUAGAAGGGCUGGCAUUUAAAUCUGCUGCAGUGAAGAAGCCGGGGAGCCCGUGAUCAUCCGAAAUUUCAGCCAGCAGUAGGACUAGCCGUUUUAUUCUGGUUUAUUUUAUAAUUUGUAAAAACAGAAAGCAGCUAUUAGGCUCUGUUUUGUGGGCUGAAAAAGCGCUUCACUGUUCCAAUGUAAGAGAUCCUAUUUUGAUGGCUAGGUAGCAACGCGCAUCAUCUUCUUGUGGGAUUCCUCUAGCUAACAUAGCAGUUUGAAUGAAAAGCCUUCAAUAUAGGCACGUAGUUAGAUGCUAUGAAUAUAUUCAUGUAAAUAUUAGUAUCGGUCGUUGAUGCGUGCGAAGAAUAUUAGUUAGAAGAUCAUUCGAAUGCAUUUUUGUUCUUGUUUGGCCUUAAAAGCCCUGUGAAGAAACCGCUUCCAAUGAAGAAAAUUUCUCAUGCAAAAUGGUAUGACUGAAAUGAAAAACAUCUAGGAAUCUCCGUCUGCUUAAGCAAUUUGGGGAAAAAACACGCUAACAUUUUCAUACAGAAAAGAGGUUGUAGAUAAAUAUUAAUAAUUUAUAUUGCAUAAAAAAACACUACAAAUCUACAAAUAAUCUGUAUAGAGUAUUAAGGUUAUCGAUUAUCGAACUGCAUCAUGUUCAGCUGGUUGGGUACCGAUGACAGGAGGAAGAAGGAUCCUGAGGUCUUUCAGACAGUCAGCGAUGGACUCAAGAAGUUGUACAAAACCAAACUAUUGCCCUUGGAAGAGCACUACAAAUUCCACGAGUUCCACUCGCCCGCCUUGGAGGAUGCGGACUUCGACAACAAGCCCAUGGUACUGCUCGUGGGCCAGUACUCCACUGGAAAGACCAGCUUCAUCCGGUACCUCCUGGAGCAGGACUUCCCCGGAAUGCGGAUUGGGCCAGAGCCCACCACAGACUCCUUCAUCGCGGUGAUGCACGGUGACGUGGAGGGCCUGAUCCCGGGGAACGCACUGGUGGUGGACCCCAAAAAACCCUUCAGGAAGCUGAAUGCCUUCGGCAACGCUUUCCUCAACAGGUUUGUGUGUGCCCAGCUGCCCAAUCCCGUGCUGGAGAGCAUCAGCGUCAUUGACACCCCCGGCAUCCUGUCGGGUGAGAAGCAGAGGAUCAGCAGAGGUUACGACUUUGCGGCGGUCCUGGAGUGGUUCGCCGAGCGGGUGGACCGCAUCAUCCUCCUCUUCGACGCCCACAAGCUGGACAUCUCGGACGAGUUCUCCGAGGUCAUCAAGGCCCUGAAGAACCACGAGGACAAGAUCCGGGUGGUGCUGAACAAGGCCGACCAGAUCGAGACCCAGCAGCUGAUGCGUGUGUACGGGGCCCUCAUGUGGUCGCUGGGCAAGAUUGUCAACACGCCCGAGGUCAUCCGUGUCUACAUCGGCUCCUUCUGGUCCCACCCGCUGCUCAUCCCCGACAACCGCAAGCUUUUCGAGGCCGAGGAGCAGGACCUCUUCAAGGACAUCCAGUCCCUGCCCCGCAACGCCGCCCUCAGGAAGCUCAACGACCUCAUCAAGAGGGCGCGGCUCGCUAAGGUCCACGCCUACAUCAUCAGCUCUCUGAAGAAAGACAUGCCCUCCAUGUUUGGGAAGGAGAACAAGAAGAAGGAGCUGAUCAACAGCUUGGGCGACAUCUACAGCCGCAUCGAGCGGGAGCACCAGAUCUCCCCGGGGGACUUCCCCAACAUAAAGAAGAUGCAGGAGCAGCUCCAGGCCCACGACCUGAACAAGUUCCAGCCCCUGAAGAUGAAGCUGCUGGACACGGUGGACGACAUGUUGGCCCACGACAUCGCCCAGCUCAUGGUGCUGGUGCGGCAGGAGGAGACGCAGCGGCCCAACCAGGUGGUGAAGGGCGGGGCCUUCGACGGCACGCUUAACGGGCCCUUCGGCCACGGUUACGGCGAAGGUGCGGGCGAGGGCAUCGACGAGGCGGACUGGGUGGUGGCGCGGGACAAGCCCAUGUACGACGAGAUCUUCUACACCCUCUCCCCCGUCAACGGCAAGGUGACGGGCGCCAACGCCAAGAAGGAGAUGGUCAAGUCCAAGCUCCCCAACACGGUGCUCGGAAAGAUCUGGAAGCUGGCCGACAUUGACAAGGACGGCAUGCUGGACGACGAGGAGUUCGCCCUGGCCAACCACCUCAUUAAGGUCAAACUGGAAGGCCACGAGUUGCCUAGCGACCUGCCGGGGCACCUGAUACCCCCCUCCAAGAGGAAAAUUCCAGAAUAAAAAUACAGAGCUGUGGGGUGGGAUAUGUUGGAUUAGGUGGGGUGGGGGGGUGUGCAAUGAAGAGGAGGUAUUAAACCAGGGUUGGGUGACAAGGCUUUGAAAGGAUACAAACAAAAAUCAUAAACACUUACGAGACUUUGUGACUGAGAGGAACCGAGGGACUGCAAACGUUUGCUUGCUGUUUUGCUUUGCUUUGUUCUAGUUUUAUUUCUUUUUGUAAAGGAACCAGUCCUGCUGAAGAGGAGUGGGGAGGGGGUUCAGGAAAGGUUAGUUUGGGGUAAAGCUUUUCUGGGAAAUCAUGCACGCAUCUGCACAUACAGUACAUUCACAGGUCACGAGUGAAGAUUUCAGGUCAAAGCCAUCAGCCAUGACUUGGCAGAAAACAAGCUCAAAAACUGUAGGAAACUGUUUAACUAUUUUUUUUUUCUGUUUGUCAAAUAUCAAAGGAUCCCUCUCAUGGGACAGACAAGGCAUGCUUAAUGAAAACAAAGAGAAAAAAUGUCAAGCUUCAGUCUUACUUCUCCUUGUACUGGUAGAUAUUAUCCUUAAUAUGAAUUGUAUUGGAAUAAUGUACUGAUAUGAACCCUUUUUAUAAGUAGGUCUAGUGAGAUAUUAUUCAUGUGAACAGGCGGCAUCGUGAUCAAUGCAAGCCCAUUCUAGCCUGACCGAGAGACUGUUAAAAUGUACAGCUGUCAUGUUGGAGUUGUUCCAGUUGAGACUUUUAAAUGUGUAGUGUUUGAAAUUUGACUUUAGAACCUAGUAUCCCUGUCUGAUGACUGUGUUAAUGCCUAUUUAGCCUCUUACAGUUAUGUUCGAGUACUUACAGAAUUCAAACCUAGUUGGAUGGAGAAAAAAAGAGAGACGUUGCUACUGUACACAGAGAAGGAAUAGGAGGGUGUGGCUUACCUCUGUUUGCUAUUAUACGAUUGUCUGGCUUUCAUUGGUCAAAAAGUAAAGCUUUGCAGUGCCUGUAUUGAUCUAUACUUAUUGGGUAUUUGCUUAAUUAAAAAAGAUGACGUGUAAUCAAACAUCAUUUGGCCUUUCUGUUCGGUAUUUAGAACAUGGUUACCUGUAUAGCCUAUGUAUUGUAACUUUCCAGAAAAAUUAUUUAACCUCCUCUCCCCUCCAGUGACACCUAGCCCACCCUUCCCCCCACUUAAAUAUUUCAUGAAAAAAAACUAGUAUUGCAAUAGUUUUUUGUUUUUUUUUCCAAAUUGUGUGCUUGGAGU